UAACUUCAAAUUAAAUUAGAGUCCGAUUAAAUCAUUUUUUUUUUAAAUAAAUCGUUUAAUUUAAUUAAAAUUGAGACUGCACUAAAAUUCAACAUUCAAUACUUUUCUUUUUUUUUAAUUUUUAUGAAGCUCUUCAUGCAUUUGUGCUUAAACAAGUGAAUAAUUGGAAUUCACCUAUUAAAAGUUUAUAUAGUUUUAAAUAUUAUUGAAAAAUAAUUUAAGAAAUUAUUUAAUUAAUUUGAAAUUUUUAUAAUUAAAAUAUAUCAAAAUUUAAUUUAAAAUCAAUUUUUAAGGAUAUUUAUUUAAAUAAUUCUUUUUUUUAUAUAUAAUUUAUUUUAACUUGAACUCCAAACCUCACAUAGACGAUUCUAAGAUUAAAAUAAUUUUUUUAAUAACAGUUCAAUACAAAUGGAGCUUAAAUAGGCAAAAUGAACUUUAUUCCGAAUAAUGAUCUAAUUAAGGCCAUAAAAAGUAAAAAAAUUCAAAUUCAAAUGUCUCCCUCCUGAAGUUAUGACCGUUAGAACAGAAACCCCAAGGUGACAGCACUGUCAUUUCCCCAUCCAUUACCAGCUGCUACAAAUUUGACAUCUAUCCAAGAUUUUCAAAUCUCACCAAAGCCAGUAACUAAAACCCUUGAAAACCCCUGCUUUCUCUGAGAUUGAAGCUGAAAAACAAAUGGGGAGGGUCAAAAAUAGAAUUGACUAUGAAAAUCUUAGAAAUGCUCGCAUCUUAGAAAACCAGGCUCGAUUGUCCUCUCUGGGGCUACAAAAAACUCUAUCUGAUCUUCGAUCCCUCACUUCUUCUGCGAAAGCGGAGAAGGGAAGGACCCAGAAGAGAAAACAUGAUAAAAAAGUUUAUGGGACCACUGAUUUACGUCGCUCUGAUCGAUUGAAGCAUAUUGCCACCAACUCAUCAGCCCUCAAGGCUCUCCCUAUGAGGCGAUCUAAUCGCCUGAGAGCAGAAUCUAGCGAACUCAUUUCAUCGAAGAAAGUUGUAGUAGUUAAAGGAAAUACUGAUUAUGAGAGUGAAGAAGAGAGUUCAGAUGGAGAGAAAAGGCCUGCAAAUGCCCCAUUUGUGAAGAUAAAGGGUGUGAAUCUUCUUUCUCUGUCGCCUGAGGCUUCGGCUCGACGCUGCCACAGCAAGGGCAGAGGCUCCAUCUAUGACCCUGUUUUUGGGAUUUGCUGCCAUUUCUGCAGACAAAAGAAAUUGUGUGGGGAAGAAGAUUGCAAGCGUUGUGGUACUCUUGAUCCAGAUCAGCCAUGCAUAGGAAAAACAGACUGUUCAGUAUGCCAUUCCACAAAUGGUGUUUUCUGUCGAGCUUGUCUCAAAGUUAGGUAUGGCGAAGAAAUGGAGGAGGUAAGAGAGAACAGGGAGUGGAUGUGCCCUCAUUGCAUAGAAGAAAGAGGAAUAAAGCCUUUCUGGAUAUGUAACAGGCAUUUCACUGUGCUUAAAGAAGCGAAAGAUGGCACCAACUGGGAUUGCAAUAUUCAAAGGUCUGCAAAUUAUUCCAUUACUUUUGAUGAAUUUGCAUUAAAUUAUUAAGAAAAUUGUGUUGAUUUCUAUCAUUGGGAUUUUGCUGCAUUGAAGCUAGAGAAAUGGGAUAUGAAUCAGUAGCACAUCUGUUAAUGGAGGAGCUUAAACGAAGAAACAAACUAAAAUAACUAUGAGGAUGAUGUUCUUCUUCCUCCUUCAAGAAUCAAGAUCAACAAGUAACUAGAAACUAAUAUCAGGGCACCUAAAGUAGCAGAAGGUGGGAAUUAUUUUGGUGAUGAUGUAUUAACUAACAAUGACAAAUGCAUCAAUGCGUGUAUCUUUUGUAUUUUGUUGCAUUGCUUUUGGCAUGCUUAUUUUCUUCCACUGUAACAUGCUUGCUGGGUUGUUGAUGUUGGGCUAUGGUUAGCUUCAUUUAUCAAGAAACUUGUUAUCGAGAAACUGUCUUUUUCAAUGUCUGGAAUGAAAAUCACGUUGUAUUUUUUUUAA